AUGGAGGAAAUUUCUUUGGCCAACCUGGAUACUAACAAGCUAGAGGCCAUCGCUCAGAUUUACGUAGACCUGAUAGAGGAUUCUUGUUUGGGAUUCUACUUUGAGGUGCACCGAGCAGUUAAGUGUGGCUACUCCUACCUGGAGUUCGCAGAGGCUGGUAGCAUGGAGCAUUUUGGCAUUCAGCCAGCAGAAGACAAAGGCGCAUGCCGCCUUCCACUUUGCUCCCUUCCGGGAGAACCUGGGAAUGGGCCUGAUCGGCAGCUGCAGCGCUCACCUCCGGAAUUCCAGUAGCUGCAAAAUGAGAUUCUGAGAGUGGCCAGGACAAUAACAUAGACAGGUCCUGUGGCUUGGAGGAGUAAGCUAAGGAGAAAAAAGUAGAAAAAAAAAAAAAUCAGACAAAAGUUCUAAUUCCCCUUGAAGAUCCUAGCGUUUAAAAACCCAAAGAGGAUAAUUUAGGAAUC